UGUCGUUAGCUCAACGGGAGCGGACAUGUUGUACCGACCCUUCCUUGAAUAAACAUCGCUGUAAGCGUGGUAUCGGGAGUUUAGGGGGAGGCUCGCAGCGUUGGGCAAUCAUGGAUGCCGUUAACGCUUUUAACCACGAGUUAUUCUCAUUGAUGGACUCCAAGCCCCCAAUAUCUCGGGCAAAGAUGAUCUCCAUCACCAAAUCAGCCAUCAAAGCUAUGAAACUCUACAAACAUGUGGUCCAGAUUGUGGAAAAGUUUAUCAAAAAGUGUAAGCCUGAGUACAAGGUAGCAGGCCUGUAUGUGGUGGAUUCCAUCGUCAGACAGUCAAGACACCAGUUUGGAGCCGACAAGGAUGUGUUUGGUCCAAGAUUCACCAAAAACAUUACGGGAACUUUUGAGAACCUCUGCCUGUGCCCAGUAGAGGACAGGAGUAAGCUUGUGCGGGUGUUGAACCUGUGGCAGAAGAAUGGGGUGUUCAAGAUUGAGGUCAUUCAGCCACUCCUGGACAUGGCAGCUGGCUCGAGCAGUGCUGCUGCACCCUACAUGGGCACAGAUGAGCCAGGUUCAUCUCCACCUCCAGCCAAAGAGCCAGUUACUGCAGUAACGGCAAACUCCACCACCACAACAUCUGCUGUUCAGCUGCAAAACUCUGAUGCCUUUGCUGCUGUGGCACAGCUCUUUCAGUCCUCACAGGGUCAACAGCUUCAACAGAUGCUUCAGAACUUUCAGCAGCAGCCAGUGAAGCCAGACACCAACACUCAGCCUCCUGUCCAUAACAUUGAAACACAGGCCCAAAACGUUACCACUGGCCUGGGCAUGGUCGCCCUGCAGCCUCCCCUGCCUACCCAACCCACCCACCAGAAGACAGCCUUUGACAAGAAAUUGUUGGACCGUUUUGACUAUGAUGACGAGCCAGAAGUUGGAGAAGAAGCAAGGAAGGAUGAAAUCUCCUCACAGCCCUCCCUAAUGCAGCAGCCUCCAGCCUUCCUACAGCACAUGGAGCACUUUAAACCGCAGAUGAUUAACAUGUCACAAGACAUCUCACAACAGGUUCCUCUGCCUCCAAAUGGCCAGCUCCAGGCCUUUGGUUUACCACCAGGGCAAAGCUUCCCAAUUAUGAUGCCUCAUAUGGGGCACAAUUUACCAGGGCAGCCUCUCCCUGGUUCUACUGGGCCUCCAGGCUUCCCAGGAGUAUGCCCUCCUCACAAUACCGUCCAGCAACAGGAUCUGUCAAUGGAUAUGGACCGUUCAUCUAUGAGGGAUGGCAGACAUGGUCGACGGUCACACUCAGGCUCCAAGUCUCCGAAGCGGAGGAGGUCACGGUCUAAUUCCCGUACACGGCGAUCCAGGCACAGGCGAUCCCGCUCGCGCUCUAGAGACCGUCGUCACCAUUCUCCACGCUCUCGCUCGCAGGAGCGCAGGGAGAGGGAGAAGGAGCGAGAGCGACGCCAGAAAGGGCUUCCGCCGCCCAAGAGCGAGACACUAAGCAUUUGCAGUACAACCCUCUGGGUGGGCCAGUUAGACAAGAGAACACAGCAGCAAGAUGUUGCCUGUUUACUGGAGGAGUUUGGGCAAAUAGAGUCCAUCAAUAUGAUCCCUCCACGUGGCUGUGCCUACAUUGUCAUGAUACACAGGCAAGAUGCCUUCAGGGCUCUACAGAAGCUUAGCAGAGGGUCUCACAAAGUGAACCAGAAAGCCAUCAAGAUUGCUUGGGCUUUGAACAAGGGCAUAAAGGCUGAGUUUAAACAGUAUUGGGACGUGGAGCUGGGUGUCACUUACAUACCUUGGUCUAAAAUCAGAGAGGCUCAGUUGGAGGAGCUAAAGGAAGGAGGAAUACUGGAUUUAGACACCUUAUCACCAGAGUGGAGUGGUGUGAGGAAGACUCUUGACAUCCCGGAGGAACUCACCCACAACGGCCGUUCAGAGUCGCAGCAGCCUGAGGAGACACAAGUGCUACCUGUGGCUGCUGCAGCUGCUCAUCUGGCACAGGUUCCUCCAAUGCAGCAGCCAAUGGUUGGUGUGGGUUCUCUCCAGCCUCCCGUCUUUCCUGGUCCCAUAGGCAUGCCUCCGCCUUCCUUCCCCCCAGGCGUCCCCCCUCCUCCUUUCAUCAGACCUGGCUUCAAUCCCAUGCAGAUGCCACCAGGUUUUCCUCCUCCAGGUGCAAUGCCUCUAGGUCCCCCACCUUCUUCCAAAGGGGGAGUUGAAGACCCGCCUCAGGACCCAGCAGGUCUGGGCAACAGGAAAAAUGACGAGGUCCUGGAGGGUCCGAACAUCUUCAACAACCAGAUGGCACCUUUGGGUAACCAGGUAGGUGGACCUCCAGGAAACCUCCAACCCCCCACUGGUGGUCUGCUUGGUGCCCGGCCUGGUAUAAUCCCACUCCAGCGUCCUCCAGUUCCCCCACCACCACACAUGCAACGUUUCCCUCCACCCCAUGGGCCACGACCCCCUCACCCCAACAUGCCCCCCUUGCCCCCACAGAUGAUACCCAGAGGGCCACACCCUCAAAUGAUGCACCAUGAACCCCCUCCACCUAAAGGAGGCUUUGGGAUGCCCCCUCCCCAUAAUGUGAGGGCUCCUUUCCCUCCACACGGGCAUGGCCCUCCUCCUCAAGGUCCUCCACCUCCUUUUAUCAGACCAGGGGGUCCUCGGGGCCUGGAGGGGCCAGAAGAAAUGGAUGGCAGAUCAUUCAGGGGAGACAGGCCUGCAUUCAGGGACCGAGAGCCAGAGAGGGACAGAGACUGGGAUCGAGACAGGGAUAGAGAGAGGGACCGAGGUUUUGGAGGUGGAAGGCGUCCGUUUGGUGAUGGAGGAAGAGGGGGAGGUGGCGAUAGAAUGGAUGGGAGGGACAGGCUCGGAGGCUGGCAGGAAGAUGGAGGCAAUCACCGGGGAGGAGGAUGGGACAGAGACCGCGAUCGGGACAGAGACCGUGAUCGGGACAGAGACAGGCGGGACUGGAGGGAGAGGCGAAGCACCCUGGAUAGCGAAAGGGAACGAGGGAGGGGUGAUGAUGGUGAGAGGGAGCGAGGGAGAGGGGAGGGAGGAGAAAGAGGAAGGGGAGAAGGAGGGAGUCGAGAAAGAGGGAGAGGAGCUGAAAGUAAAGAAGGGGACAGGCCAAGGCGAUCAGAACGACGAGAGAGGACCACGCGGUGGGACAGAGAUGAUCGAUUGGCCGAACUGGAAAACAUGGAUAGAUUUCGGACCUCUAACAGUACACAGCAACCUUGCUUGACCCCUGUGGUCACCGCGGAAACCAGUAAAGAACCAAGUGUGGAAGCUUCUCAAAAGAAGGACGAAUCAGAACUUUUAGCUCCAACCCCAGAGGUAACUACUGCUGCAGGGGAGCCGAUGCCCUCUGAGCCCUUACCCUCGGCUCAAAGUGAGCCCACAGAAUCAAAACAGGAAGCAGCAUCAUAGACUGGCUUGCUGCUCCUGCAGCCAGACUGCUGUGAACCACUGAAAGUUAAAAAAAAAAAUUUAAAACGGUGUUUUUCACAAUGAUAACCAGCCUCAACUCCUGGCAGAUGAAUAACUAAUCACAGUUUGUCAAUUGGUAAUUAACAGUUUCUGGGCAGUAACACGUUUCUUGAAAACAAACAUCUCCCACACAUUUGAAAAUGGUUGUUUUCAGACUAUUAUGGCUUACGGUCAAAUUUGGUGUUGCAUCUGUGUCUCGAUCUGUUCUCCUUCCUGUAAGUUGUAAGAUCCAAUGGAGUGUUUGCAUGUUAAUUUAGCUCUGGCCAUCUUAAGUUAAUUUGAGCUCAACUUUAAUAUUUUUCAGUCAAGUUGGUUUGCAGAUGGAGGAACAACUGAUUUCUGUGACACAAGUUUAUUUUUUACUUUGUGGCCUACUCCGUGUGAUAGCAGGCACUCCUCAACAUGUUAAAAUACUCAUUUUUAUUUUUUUUUAAUUUGCCAAAAUGUCAUGUCAAACACUGAAUAAUAGAGGCACCAUUUAUUUUUCUUUGUUUUUAUCUUGUUGUCUCCUCAUUGCAGUAUCACAGCCAGUAAGGCAUAGCUUUGAAAGGACUAUGGUGGCCUUAAGAUCCCAUCUAGUAGCUUGCAGGUGUUUGAAUUGAAAAUGGUAUGUUAUUUAAAAAAAGAAAAAGUACAAAUUAGUUAAGACAUUCUUCUGGAUGUCCAGAUAACCUUCACCGAUAAUUAGGCCUGGUACUUUUCUCACACAAAUUGCUGAGCUCACUUUCAUCCUCACUUUUCACCCUUUGAAUCACACUUUAUUUCAGACAGAAUAAAGAUGAGUAUUGUCUCCAUUCCACCAGACACAUGGUGCAGUAACUGAUCACUGAAUCUUUGACAUGUGCACAUUUACUGGCCAGUGUGCUCAAAAAAAUCCACUCUCAAUACAUGGUUUUAUUUAAGUUUUUAAAAAAUAUGUUCCAGAAGUACUGAGACUCUUACAUAGGACUGGACACGGGACUGAUAAGAAGCCGAGUUUAGUCUCUGAAGGACUCUGACUGUAAUUUUGUAGUCGUAUUUUACUGAUAACAGGAAUUGGACCCAAUUCCUUAUGAAAAAAACGACACUCCUGUUAUUGUAAUAUUAUUUCAGGAACCAAGAAUGCUUCACAUUCUUUGAUCAUACUGUACUUAUCCAGGUGUCAGUUUAUGUAUAAGUUGUUUGGAAAGUCUUUUCUUUGUGUGUGCAUAUAAUCACUGUGUUUGGUCAAACACAAACUAUUGUCAGGACUCUACCAAAAGGACAUGAACUUUAAUGGUGGCAUAAUCAAAUUUCUUAGCUUAACAAACAUUGUGACUGAUGGGCCAAGAUGCAUUUCAGACCGGAAGAGUAUUAAAUGCACAAAAGUAACGAAUCAUGCACAAUAUUAGCAAAAGGAAAAGUACGUCCAGGUAUGUCGGGGUAUAGUUCCCUUGGAAUAUUCAGGCAGUAAAGUAAUUUGAUGAUGUUAUGCACAGAAGUUGGCUUUGUUUCAGAAGUUGGAUAUUUAGACAGGUAUAGGUAUGCACAUAUAAAGAGGAGUACUGUAUAUGCAUUUGCAAAGAAAUCGACUUGCACCCAGGUGAACAACGGACAUUCAAAAACUGCUGGAAAACAUAACAAAAAACCUUUUCCUUGGGCAAAGUAGAUUUUCAUCUUGGUUUAGAAAGUUUUGAAAAAUUGACUGUCAAAACAAACAUCUGCUUCAUAAAAAUUAAGUGGAUGUGAAAUUCCAUUCAAAAUUCUAGGAUGUGUAUACUUAGUAAUUUUUUCUGCUGUCUAAAUUUCGCACCCUUGCAUAAAUGUGUAUAUUUUUAUUUUUCAGUUAAGAAAAUGAAAUAGAACCUGUUGUAGACUCAACGGGGAUAUCAAACAAGUUUAUUUUAAAAGUAAUGUACUCCACAAAAGAAAAAAAGCUUGGAUUUUGGAGCAUUUUGUAUAAACAAUUUAGCAGGCAGACUCGAUAAGCUUUUUGUUUAUAGUGGUCUUUUGUUUUUGUCGUGUGUAGGGAAGGAAGAGGGCAAUCUCUCGGAUCAGACAAAAGAGCAUUUCCAUUUGCCUCGUACAUCAGUCGAACUCGGAUUUAAAUUUGUUUUUGCCACAUGAAAACAAACUGUAACCCUGCGGCUGAAUUCUUUUUUGUCUGUGAUAAACUCACCUUUCAAACUUAGUGUCUUUUUCUCUGAAAACAUACUAUGAGUUAACAUUGUUAACAUUUGAAGCCCAGAUUCUGCAAGCCCAACUCGUAAUAAUAAUAAUAAUUUUAACACAGAGACACCAAGGGCAAAACUAAAGUGAGGAAAUGAGUUUUGCUUGGGACACACUGCUGUAAAUAUGCUUGUAUCACUGAUGAUUCAAAGGUGUAAUGGUAAUUGUUGUUUAUGAUCUGAGAGUCGUUUACCUGAGAGACACUGACUUGGAAGGAACAAGAGAGGUCGUUUGCUUUAACGUUUUUUAACUCCUAAUGGUUUGAAAGUUGACAGAUGUUUCUAUGAUUUGUUAAAAAUACAAAAGACAUGGACAUAAAAUCUUCAAUAUUUCAGCCAUAGGAAAUUGUUUUUAAUAAACUAUUUUUUUACCAAAUA